CAUUCAGGAUGGCACAGAGUCAAGUCAGCGGAUUGAAACUCUCCAGCAUGGCCAGCAGCAGCAACAAGGAGGAUAGGUUUUCGCCCCAUGACACCGCUGACUACAUUCGUCGUUUAUGUAGCGACUCGAUGUGCGCCUUUCGAGACGUGGAGAGGAGAUUAAUGGGAGAGCAGGAUCGAGUCAGGCUAGCACUGAGACAGGAUGAUGGCAGGAAAGCCCUGGAGAAUGGCGAACUACGCCUGUACGACAAACUACAGGAGACAAUUCGAGAGAUGAGGACAGCCGAUGUGGACAGCGUCAAGGCUGGAUUUUCACAGCUGGUGAAAUUGUCUUUGAAUCUGCUCCUGACCUCGAUGGAACAACAUCGUACAGAACUACAUACAGUGGAUCUCCAUUCUGGCCCAGUUGUCUACUACAUCAGUAAGAUUUCCAACUAUGAGCAAAUUUUCCGCAGCAUGGGCUUCGUCUCCAGUGGUCAUCUGUACAUUUUGCAGCGGCAGUAUGCACGCAAUGGUGUACUACUUGCAAAGCAUUUCUUGGAAUUCAUCCUUGCGGAGCAGCUGUUUGUCCAUCUGAAGACGAUCAGUGACCGACUGAGUGGUGAUCUGGCAGACUGCAUGCGCAGCGCUCUGCAGGUAUGGAUCCAGGAACCAUGUGGGAGCAAGCGCAUGGAGGACACUCUACGUACUGGGGACUUCCAGCGAUUGCUGUCUGGCGGUGAUCAUGGCCUUGGUGUACACACGGCUAUCGAGCAUUCAUCAGCACUUGAUAGCGAGGAACCGUACAGUGAUGUGCCUGGUAGCAAUGGUGGUGUUGGACAGCAAGACUAUGGUGGUGUUGGACAGCAUGACUAUGGUGAUGUCUCCAGUGGUGGCCUGAAGUAUGGACAGCAUGAGAAUCAACAGUCAAAAUACACUGCCCCACACUCCGCUUCUACGACUGCUGUAGAUACAUCUGAUGGCAGUGCCCAUGCACGCUCUGAAUGGCAUGGAACUGAUCCCUCUCUGGCAAGGCACCAGCAUGCUCAGCAUCAUCCAGCUAAUGAGAGCGUUCAUCACAUGGUGCACCCAUCCAACACUGCUCUGUCUGCUCAUACACCUGUGUAUAGUGAAGAGCGUGACCACUUGCCACCGCCAGCUCAUCAGCGUAAUGGAGAUUUCGCCAGUGAGCAUGGCAGAACAAUGGCGUCUGUCCCAACACAACAGCAACAACCGCAGCAACAGCAAUCCCCAGCGCCUCGACCGAAGCCAAGGCAGCGGCAGUCUGUGAGUCAGUCUCAGUACUCGGUGGCAAAUUCUUCUCAUCAAAUUCUAGCACAAAGUCCCGGUAGGAAUGGCCAAGAUGACUUGCAUCUUGGUUUUGCGCAUGGUACUGCCACGUACAACCCGGACCACGUGCCUAUUUCCUCGGCGGCAUUAGACCAACCAAGGACAAGCUAUCCCAGUGAACUGGCAAGAGGCAACAGCAGCAACAGCAACAGGCCGCAGUAUCCUAUGAACUUGGAACAUACACUGCCAAAUCCAGCGCCGCCGGAAAACCCUGUAGAACACUUGCCUGGCGCCGUCCGACAACUUUCAAGCGAGUUCACAUCAGCGCAUGGUGUUGAAAACCCCACAACGUAUGCCGCAGAUCCGUAUCACCACCACCUGCAGCCUGCCACAGUACAUUAUCAGCAGCAGCAGCAGCUGGCAGCUUCAGAUCAGUAUCAUCGGCAGCUCUCCAGUGACAGUGUCUCACCAGCGGCUGCAGUACACACGAGCAGACAGCAGUAUGGCGAUGCCUAUGCGUCUGCCCUUCCUACAGCAAACAUGCACCUAAAAGACAGUUCAACUACGUCUGCAGGGGGCCAUUCAGCUACAUCAACCGUGCAUAGCAGCUCUGGGUAUUCGACGGCUUCUGCAUCCAGUGCACGGCGUGAGCCAGACAAGGUUGCAGAACUGUGUGAAGCUAUCCGUGUCAAUAUACAAGGUGGUGAGCCACAACCUCAUGUGCGUGAUCCGGUACUCGAGGACUCCCUUGAUUCGGACUUGUAUGCAGCCGGUCCCGGAAGUAUGGAGUCUGAGCUUCAAAUGUCUUUCAUCCAGAAGCCACGUGAAUCUGAUCCUGUUUCGGGUGCCGAGUCAUCCUACAGCAAGCCUCAGCUCCGGCCCGAAGGCCAUAAAUUCGUCUUAAAGCAGCAUGCGGCCCAGCAACACCAGCAACCAUGGAGUAUGGUGCCACCUUCUUCUGACAUGACCUCCACUGCGCUACCGAAUACUGGUACUAGCGUAAAUCCCCUUCCAACCACAAGGACACCUUCAACUGUGUAUGGCCCUAUGCCUACGGCAACGCAUGCGCCAGCCACGGAUGGCUAUAUGCCUUCGUCAACGCAUGCACCAACCAGGGAUGGGAGGUCAGGUGAUUUGAGUGUUGGCUACCCUGUUGAUUCUCGUUCUGCCCAUGCUUACGAUACCUAUGACAAUGCGGCGGCAGGUCACCAUCAAGACCAUUUGCAGGACCCAUCUGGUGUAGAAGUAUGACCGCAUUGCAACCCUGAACAGUUUCUAUCGGGACAUUUUGAAUUUGUACUCGUUUUACCUGUUGAAAAUGGUAUUUUCUUGAUUGUUGAUUGAUGUCAUGGCACUUGCACUGAAAACCAAGUAAGGGGAAUGUUAUUAUAAAAUAUAUAUCCAUGAAAAAUUGCAAGUGUGCCGCAGCAGAUUCCUCUAAGUUGUUUUAUCGGAAACUUAUCGGUGAAUGUGUUUCUGGUGAGCCAAUGUCUGCAAGCGACUGUGGAUAAUAUGGGUCUAGCCAGUCCAUGACUACUUGGUCGUAUGACAAACCCGAAUAAUGUUGAUCUAGCGUAGUGUGUCCACAUGUCCAGUUCCUUUUAAAUUAAUUAAAUUAAUUGUAUUUUUGAGUCGAGAUGAAGCAAUA